AUGGAGUCCAUACCGAAAGAUUCGCUGUUAGAAUUUAACCCUGACACUCUGCAAUACUUAAGGAAACAAUACUUGCUUGAUACACCUGGAAGAAUUGAAGAGGCUGUUAAUAUUUUAGAAGAAUGGCUGAAGAAACAAGCACAUUUUAUUCGAAAAGAAUUUCCAAGGGAUUACCUGGAAAGAACAAUAAUUAUAAGUAAAGGUUCCGUGGAAAGGGCGAAGAAAAAAUUAGACAGUAUAUGCACCUACCGAACUUUGUAUCCUCACUUUUUUAAUUAUUUUAACGUUGAGAAGAACGAACUUCUGGAUGAUUUUUAUGGAUGUUUUCUGCCAAAAUUAACGAACGAUCACUACAGAGUGUACGCAGUUAGAAAUCAAAUCAAGAAUACAGUUGAAAGUGGAUUCUUAGAUUAUUAUCGUUUUUACUUUAUGUUAUGUGAAUAUGUUCAAGCUCACGAUUACUGUAAUGGUCUGGUGAUUUUCGUUGACUACUCCGAUGCAAACAUCAUGGAAUCGAUUAAAUGGAUAACUGUCACUGACAUGUCACGUCUGAUGGAAAUAAUGAGGGAAGGAUAUGGAAUGAGGAUAAAAGGUAUUCACAUUUAUACACAAUCUAAGGCAAUAGACGCACUGGUUUCUAUUAUGAAACAAGGGACCAGUCCUAAGGUUGCUAGUAGAUAUAAAGUGCAUAAGACGUUAGAUAGUGUCUAUGAAUAUAUACCCAAAGACAUCUUGCCAGUUGAAUAUGGAGGCAAAGAAAAACCCUUGUUUGAUCUUCACAAAAAAAUGAGAAAUGUUUUUGCUAACGAAUUCAAGGAUUACUUAGAAGAAAUGAGACAGGCAGGAGUCAACGAAAAUCUCAGAUCACCGGAUUCCGUCAACGGAUCCCAAUAUUUGGGAAUAUCGGGCACUUUUAGGCAAUUGAAUGUUGACUAA